AUGGCGCACGCAGAAACCUUCGAGUUCCCGCCCAUUCGGGCUUGUAUCUUUGAUAUGGACGGUCUCUUGAUCGAUUCCGAAGACAUCUAUACCAAAGUUACCGACGAGAUUCUCGCCCGCUAUAACAAAGGUCGCUUGCCUUGGUCCAUAAAAGCUCAACUACAAGGUCGUCCGACACAACAGGCUUACGACCUUUUCCAAUCUUGGGCCAACCUCCCCUUGUCUCAAGAAGACUAUCUCCGAGAGGUCCGCCUUCUUCAAGAAGCCUAUUUUCCGACCACCCAAGUUCUUCCUGGCGUCAUAUCCCUCCUCAACACCCUCAGAACUUCCCCUUCGAAGCCAUAUAUCGCCCUCGCCACCUCGUCCAAUAGCUUCUCCUACAACCUCAAGACGAAACAUCUACAAGAGACGUUGUUUUCCUAUUUCGCGGAAGAAAUGAUUAUUAAAGGCGAUGACCCGAGGAUCAAAAGCGGACGUGGGAAGCCGGCACCGGAUAUCUACCUGUUGGCUCUUGAUAGGAUAAACGCUAGGAGGGAGAAAGAUAUGUUGGAAAAGGGAGCUAGUAAGGAUCAAAUCCUGGCAACAAAGAUCUUACCAAUGGAGUGUUUAGUGUUUGAGGACUCAGUUCCUGGUGUUGAGGCUGGCCGAAGAGCGGGUAUGAGAUGUGUGUGGAUUCCGCAUGACGGACUGAGGGAACAGUAUAAUGGGCAAGAAGGUGAGGUUUUGGCAGGACUAACCGGGGAAGGCAAGUAUCUAGAUGAGGAACACGAGAGCAGCGGAAGAACUGACGUUAAGGAAGGCGUGGUUUUGAGAAAAGUAGAUGAUGGCUGGGGCGAGACAAGAGGUAGUUUGGAAGGAUUUGAUUUUGAUAGGUAUGGGAUUCGGGCGCUGUGA